AUGCAGCAGUACGAGGCGCUCAUCGAAGCUGGCACCCUCAAACCGGACGAUCAUCAGACGCGCAUCAUACAGAAGCUGCAGGACCUGCACGAUGCCCUUAUCUCUUACACUCCCCCGCCUCUCCCACCAUCGUAUAUCCAAUCUUCAAUCCUUACCCGUUUGUUCUCGAGACCCUCUGAACGAGCGACCGCUAAUACCCCAGCGGGCCUUUAUCUCUACGGCGACGUUGGCACAGGCAAGACUAUGCUCAUGGACCUCUUCUACCGCACGCUCCCGCCAAACAUCACCCGCAAACGACGCGUCCACUUCCACGCGUUCAUGAUCGACGUGCACAAGCGCCUGCAUGCCGCGAAGCGCCGCAUGGGGCACGAAGGCGGCGACUCCAUCCUCCCCGUGGCGAGAGAGCUCGCGGAGGAGGCCAGCGUGCUGUGUUUCGACGAAUUUCAGGUGACGGAUAUUGCGGAUGCGAUGAUUCUGCGCCGUCUGCUGGAAAGCUUGCUCGAUCACGGUGUAGUCUGUGUCAUCACAUCAAAUCGACACCCCGACGAAUUGUACAAGAACGGCAUCCAGCGGUCGAGCUUUAUACCCGCGAUCGAGAUCCUUAAGACGCGCUUCAGCGUGACCGACUUGGAUUCCGGCACCGACGCGACAGACUACCGUCGCAUUCCCCGUGCGCUCUCGCACGUAUACCACCACCCGCUCGACGCGAGCACGCGCGCAGAGAUGUCGAAGCUCUUCGACGCGCUCACCGCAGCCGACCCGGCCGACCCCGUCGUGCGCGGGCGCGAGCUGCACAUCUGGGGCCGCGCGCUGCGCGUGCCGCAGAGCACGUCGCACGUCGCGCUGUUCGCGUUCGAGGAGCUGUGCGGGCGCCCGCUGAGCGCGGCGGACUAUCUGGAGGUCACGCGGAAGUUCGGGACUGUGUUUUUGUGCGAUGUUCCGCGGUUGGGGUUGGGGGAGAAGGAUAAGGCGAGGAGAUUCAUCACGUUCAUCGAUGCAUGCUACGAGAGCAAGACGAAGCUUUUCGUCUCCUCCGAGUUACCCAUAUACCAGAUCUUCUCAGACGACAGCACCUCCAAAGCGGAGAUAUCAGACCACAUGCGCAGCGUGAUGGACGACCUCGGUCUUUCGCCGGAGACUGUCGGCUCGGCAUCCAUGUUCUCGGGAGAGGAGGAGCUGUUCGCGUUCGCGCGCUGCUGCUCCCGUCUUGUCCAGAUGGGCAGCCGGGAGUGGGCGGAGACGGCGGGCGCGCGGUGA